AUGGCAGAAAUAGUUGAUGGCAAGGACAGAAUAACAGAGUUGCCUGAACACAUAAUCCAUCAUGUCAUACGUCGGGUUAGCCAACGCAACGUAAAAGAGGCAGCUCGAACUUGUGUCUUGUCCAGGACAUGGAAUCGUCUUUGGACUUUGCGGCCUGAUUUGAUGAUCGAUCAGGGCAGCCACAACAGUUUCAGGUCCCUGGAGAAAUUUGUCAAAUUCGUUGAUGAUUCCAUCGAGCCAUAUGUCAAGGAAAAAAUAAGCAUCGAUUCAUUCCGCCUCUGUCAGCUUCUUCAUCCGGAAUUGGCUUCACAUUUAGAUCGGUGGAUCAACGUGGCAAUUGAACAUAAUAUCAGAGAUCUAGAAAUUAGCACGAGUUUUUAUCCGCUGUACUAUAACGUUCCUGAUACUAUAUAUACAGCUAAAAAGCUGACUAAAUUGUGGCUACGGAGGUGUGACUUUGAAAUUCAUAAUAGUGCCAGCAACAACAAAUUGCAAAGAUUAAUUAGUACAUGCCCCUUCAUCAAGGAUCUAAGAUUACAUCGUUGCAGGGGAAUACAUAAUUUGCAUGUUUUUGGCCUAGAAAAUCUAGAGAAUUUAGAGCUGUGGGGGUGUGAUGGACUCGAGAAACUGGAAGUCAAGGCUCCAAAUCUCCGAAAAUUUGUAUAUGUCGGGGUGCCAUUGUACAGGAACCAGAAGAAACGUGAGGUGGAAUUGCUUCCGUGCAAAAUUGAGAUUUUAGAUGGUUAUAAGACUCUAAAAACUCUGAAGUUGGAAGCUACCACCAUGACGGAUCAGCAGUUUGAACAUCAAUUCUCUAAGUUCUCAGCCCUCAAUGAAUUGGAACUAAGAAGAUGUUAUACAAUGAAAAAUAUAGUGAUUUCGAGUGAAAAACUAAGUAAAUUCAGCUUAUCACAUUGGAUGAAUCUGGAACAAGUCAAGAUGCUGGCUCCGAAUCUGAUGGAAUUCAAUUUUUUGGGUUACAAAAUGCCAUUCUCAACUAUGGAUCCUUCUAGCCUAGUAGAAGCUGAACUUAAUUUUUACCUGCAAAUUUCUCCAUCAAAAACUUACUUUGGAGAUGUGGAUAAAAGUUGGUACGAUAAUCUUCAGGACUUUGUACAGAAAUUCAACUAUGCUAAGGGUCUGAUAUUAAUUAUCCAUUGCGAGGAGGUGUUGCACCAGAAUGUAACAGGAAAAAGAGACGAGCAAAAUGGUGGAUCCAACCAAGUCAGAAAUUAUAAAGGCGCAACUGCGAAGGAAGGAGCCUCGAAUUUGUAUGGGUGGCUGGAAUCCACGUCCCUAAUUGAGAAAAUUACCACUUUUAUGUUCAAAUCGGAGGAAAAUGCGUUGUCCGAUUAG